CCGUUUGUAGAGUAAAUGGUUUCGUCUGUAGUAGGUGGGACUCUAGAGCGGUCAGCAGGACGUCAUAGAUCAAUGAACCGAACGAAUUUCAGGGUUGGACACACGGCGGGGAUUACAGUAAACUCUACCCAAAUGUACAGAUGUGACAACGAGUCAAGGAUAUCGAAAAGGUUUUUUACGUACACCGGAUAUUUAUUCUGAAACUGUCAAUAUGCGGAUUUUUUCUAAACCAGCGUUUGGAUUUUAUUAAACAACCCCGAAUGUAGCUUUAUCAGAUUGCGAAACAGUUUCAAUCAGUAGUAUACAACAAGAAUAUUCAGGAUGAUUUUUGCUAAUACUGCCAACCCAUUGAAGACCGCUUAUCGCAAGCAGUCGUACCCCAUGGCCCCAGGAAGCCCCAGUACAGUGAGCAGCAGUAACAGCAGCACCACCGGCUGGGAUCAGCUCAGCAAGACCAACCUCUACAUACGUGGUCUGCCCCCUGCCACCACUGAUCUGGACCUGGUCAAGCUCUGCCAGCAAUACGGGAAGAUCGUGUCCGCUAAGGCAAUCCUCGAUAAGACAACAAAUAAAUGUAAAGGUUACGGGUUUGUAGACUUCGAAAGCCCGGCGGCCGCCCUGAAAGCAGUUCAUGCCCUGAAAACCAGCGGGAUACAAGCCCAGAUGGCUAAGCAACAGGAGCAGGACCUCACCAACCUGUACAUCUCCAACCUGCCUGUGUGUGUGGAUGAGGCCGAGCUGGAGUCCCUGCUGCGUCCUCUGGGCCAGGUGGUCUCCACGCGCGUCCUCAGGGACUUCAGCGGGGCCAGCCGAGGGGUGGGCUUCGCCAGGAUGGAAUCCACUGACAAGUGUAACGCAGUGAUUUCUCACUUCAACGGGAAGUUCAUCAAGACUGCUCCUGGAACUCUGGCUCCCUCUGAGCCUCUGCUGGUGAAGUUUGCAGACGGUCAGAGGAAGAGGAGUAGCCACAGCCCCUUCAUCCCCAGCGGGCGCACCUGGACCAGGGAGGGCGACCUGCGGCUGGGUGGGGUGACUCUCACCUACGACCCUUCAGCCGCCAUGCAGAACGGGUUUUAUCCGUCCCCCUACGCCCUGACAAAUAGGAUGAUCGCCCAGACCACCAUGUCUCCUUACAUGUCUCCAGUCUCCUCCUAUCAGGUCCAGAAUCAUUCUUGGAUGCAGCACCAGCCUUAUAUAAUGCAGCACCCGACAGCUGUGAUGUCUCCCUCUGUUGACCACUCCAUGACCAUGCAGCCGGCAGCCAUGAUGACUCAGCAGAUGGGUCAUCUCUCAUUGGGUGGCAGCGGGGCGUACAUUUCUGCCAACGCUGCUGUUCAUGGUGGCUAUGUCCCGCAUUACCAACACAUACAGACAACCGACAGCGCAUCACAACAGCAAGUGGACUCAUCCAAUAACUCCUCUCCCUACAGCCAACAAAGCAAGUAAAAAUGACCUUGGUGCAGUGCUGAAGGUUGUACGACCAUGAACGGUUUCAGACUCCUCUGAUUGGACCAGACCCAGGAAGUCUUCGGACAGCUUCAACCAAACAUCUGUGCGUGCUGGAAUUAUGUAGAACGUCUAGGAAGGAGACUGACAAAUGUGUAAAUGGACAAAAAAAAAAAAAAACGGUUAUUAUUCC